UUCUCUCCUCAGAUCUCCGGAGCUCCGGAGACUCAGCGCUAUAUAAUCCCCGAGCUGACCCAGAAAACAACCUCCCGAACCCGGGCUGCAGCGGAGCGAGCGGCCGCUGAAUACAGACACCCGAACCCGAACCUAAUCUACCCAAAGAUUACUUUACCUUCCUGAAGGAGAAGAUCUGAAGACUUUACUGUGGGAUUUAUUGAAAGAGGAGGAAAACAACAACAUUUACCGAAACUCCACCAAGCCAUGGCCGAUCACAUGAUGAUGCCCAUGAACCACGGCUCAGCUGGGGGGCUGCACGGGUAUCGCAUGGGGAUGAACGGACACCCCCAGCACGCGGGCCAGCCGGGUCUGCGGGCCGUUCCCAACGGCCAGAUGAUGCACUACAGCAGGGGCCCGCAGGGGUCCAUGGAGCCGGCCAUGAGGCAGCGUCUGGGGAUAGGGCCCAUGAUGAACGGCCAGGUCGCCGGUCAGAUGGGGACCGGGCACCAUCCUCAGAUGCAGACGAGCGGCAUGAUGUAUGGCAACCAGCAGCAGGGGGCGCAUCUUCAGCCGCAGCACCACAUGCACCCUCAGACUUCCCAGCAGCACCCGCAGCAGCAGCACCCGCAGCAGUAUAUGAGCGGAGGAGGCAUGAGCUCAUCCCAGCAGCUCAUGGCCAGCAUGCACCUCCAGAAACUCAACACUCAGUAUCAUGCCCUUCCAAUCGGGCCCGGUAGUGGACACCACAUGGGAAACGGGGCUCAGUACAGGAUGGUUCAGGGCCAGUUGGCGGGCAUGCAGAUGGGCAUGGGCGGUCCGGCGCUGGCCCUCAACGUCAUGGACACGGACUUGAUCGACGAGGAGGCUCUCACGUCUCUCGUCCUAGAACUGGGUCUGGACAGGGUUCAGGAGCUCCCGGAACUGUUUCUGGGUCAGAACGAGUUCGACUUUUUCUCAGACUUCGUGUGCAAACAGCAGCCGAGUACCGUCAGCUGCUGAGCAGCUGGUUAGAGGUGGAUCAGCUUCAUAUCUGCCGUAUCAGCAGCGGGUCAUUUGCUGAGGACGUCACAAGAGAAGCCAACCUUUCUGGUCCCAAGUGAUUCUGCUCGGUCUGUGAAGUCAUGCUAUAUAUACUGUAGUACACUCUGACCCGACCCGUCUGCUGCUGAAUGAAGCGAGAGAAAGAGUUGAAGCUUUUCUCGCUGCUCUUUUAAGAGCUGAACUCAGUACAUGGCCCUUUUUAAAGCGUGGCUUUGUGAUGUAGCGGGCCCUUUCUUUUCUAUGGGUCCCCUGGGCUGAUGAUAGCUCUCUCUCAGACCAGGGUUGAAUGUAACUCACUUCAUGGGAAAAAAGAAAGUCCUGCAUAGAACAAUGUUAUAGACUGCCUUGCCUCCAUGGGAGCACUCACAUUCAAUGGCAUUUAAAAAUAUUCUUAUUUAUGAUGAACACCAAAAAAGCAGACAAAAGUUGAGCUUUGUUGACAAAAAAAAAUAAAUCUGCUUUUAUUUUUCCUUAAGCAAACAUUUUAUUUAGCGUUACUCCCAGAGAGCAACCUUGUCUUAGAGUUUGGAUCCAAUCCAAAUCCAACCAACCUGAUCCAACUAAUUAAAGCCUUUAAAAUGCUGGAUUAGCUGAAUGGAGUGUGUUUGAUUUGGGUUGGUGUUAAAUUCUGUGAGGUAUCUCUGCAGGAGAACACUGAUCUAAUGGCUGGUGGUAAAAGAGCAGUGUGAGUAUUUUGUGUUUAUUGAAGGCUGGUACUUCAAACUGGUUUAGAUUAUUCCUCAAUUACUCCAAAUCAAGCAUUCUGAAGGUAAAAACAGACAGAAGCAAAGUGGUGGAGCUGGGUUUAUAACUUCAUCUUGCUCCAUGCUAAACUGUCACAUGUCUAACGUUGAUUUUGUCUUUAAAAUCCAUUUUCUUCACAGUUAGAAUAAUUUUAAUGCUCGUAACAUUUCUAUGACUUAAACCGAAUUAAACCGAACCAAAUCAACCAGCUGGCACUUUCGUGUGUCGAGCGUUCACUGUAGGCCGUCUCUUUCUGCUUCUAGAGGUUAGAGAGAGAGAGACAGCUCUGGAAAGCACUGGAAUGUCUUAUUAGCUUCUUUUUGCUAACUGCUGAGCCUCUGCUCCCUGCUGGGUUAGUUCAGCUCCAGGACAGCCUUAAUCAAGCAGCAUUACUUCUUUUAUUUGACAGAAUAUUGAUACUGGUACUCUUGCUGAAGUGGACGGAUAUGAAAGCUUUUCUCCACUUGUGUAGAUUAAUAACUGGGGGAAACAGAGCGUCAGAUUGCCACACUGAGGGGAAACUCAUCGGUUCCUUCUGACAUCAGCAUCUCUAUCUGAAUCGGACGUUUGUGGUCAGUAGAUGUAGAAUGUCACUAUACUGUGAAUAACUUGAACUUGAGUUUGACGAUACAGUGCCACUGUGUAAUCGAUGUCUCUUAAAGCCACAUUUUUGCUAAGUGAUAUCUGGUAGCAAGCCGCUAAGUAGGUGAGGGCAGCGUAAUAUGCUGUAACCUUUUCUGUUGCCACCUCUGUCUAGAUUAACCUGAAUGUUUUUUCUUAAAUUAUUAUUUGAAACAGUCGCCAUCUGCAUCGUUGAUCUCAUUAAAAUGGUUCAUGCCUGCAGGCUAGUGUAGAAAGGCUGGGCACUCGUUUUCUCUCUCUCUCUCUCUCUCUCUCUGUUUAUCUGCUUGCGUUGCAGGUUCAUUUCUGAUUUGAUUUAAAUUGCACACAUUUCUUCUCUUAAUUGAGGUCAAAAAGCUCGGUCUCCUGCAGGACCUGGGAAUUUCAGAAUCGGAUAGGUUAGUUUAUGUUUUGUUGCUCUAAAGGUAACUAAGAGUUUGGGAACGACCCCUGCGUUAAGAAGGGGAGCGGGAGUCGUCCUGUGGUGAUUGUGGGAGGUGGUAUUUGCUCUUCUCAGUGGGGGGUUGGGUUUGGUUGAUGUGGGAAUUGCAGAUCUUGCUGUUGUACUGGUUAAUCCGUUCCACUAGAACUGAGCUCCACUCCCUUCCAACCCACCCGGCUCAGGAGAAUAGCCCAGACCACAGCCAGGCCUGAGAAAACAACAGUGGGAUCCGAACGAUUCACCAUAACAUACAGCCAGCUGGAUCAUAGCCUGGUUUAAAACUGCAGUUUUGUAUGUUGUUGAACACUAGAUAAAGAUCAUUUUAUUUAUAUAAACUUCAGGAACUGAUUGGACUGUAGGCAUCAGUGAAGGUCACCUUUACUUUCAUUAUUUUAUUUUUCUAGACUGUAGCAAAUCAUAUACGUAAAAUUAAACUUUCCUCAAGGGUUCUUGAAUUGGAAGUUAGUUUCAGGAAGAAUCUUUAAAAAGGUUUAUUACACUAGUGCUUUUUAUUUACAAACAAUAAUAAGUCUGUUUGAGAGGUUCUAUAGGGAAUUAAAUGCGUUUCCUGACUUGAUCCCUUCGUCCACCUUUAUGUUGAAGAGUCUUCAUUGUUUGGAAAGUGAGGAGAAAAAUCCGCCUUAAAAAGGGACCCAGAUAAAUCAGCGAUGUGCGGGGAGCUCCUGCGGGUCUGCGCUGUGUGUUUAUCUAAAAUCACCUGUAGGAUUCUGUUUCUGUGUCCUGUACUCCUUUCAGGUUCCAUCUCCUCCCUACGGAUCAGUUUAGAGUGUAUAACUGCAGGCGUCGUGUGUUAUGAGUGGGAUUCCUCAGUUAUUUGGCUUCAUUUUUUUUGUUUUGAUUUCUGUAACCUCGCUCCCAGAAAUGCUUUUUUAAGUGUUGUUGAUUCUAUCUUAAGAAAAUGUAUUUAUUUUCACUGACAAUAAAAUAUUUAUUUAAUGAAGAA